AUGGUGGUGGCUGGAGGCUUUGACUUUUCCGAGGAAGUGGCCUUGGCCAGUUGCGAGGCUGGGGCUUACACACGUCUGGAUCCGCUUCGCAUUGGUGAAGUCUCCGAGGCCUGUCCCGGCCUGGCUGCGUCUGCUCAGGCAGUACUGGCAGUGGGCGGUGGAAGCAGUAUGUUUACGGCCGCCGAGGCAUUUUCCAGUGUCGAAGUCUUACCCUUGGGAGCACAGCAGGUCACCGAUUCAGGGCACGCCUUUGCGGUCAGUGGCUAUGCCGGCAACGAGAUGUACGAGGCGUCUGUGGAGUGGCUGGACCUCUCGUCCGAGGGCUUGCGGAACGGCUGGCACUUUGGGCCCCAGCUAUCGCAGGCCCGAGCAGGUUGCGCUGCUUGCUUUGGUCCCGAUGGCUGCGUUUGGGUCCUGGGUGGUGGCUGUGACGAGUCCGCCUCCUUAGACACAGUGGAGCGCUUAGAUCCUCGUGUGGGACGUUGGCAGGAGGCGCCCAUAAUGCCCGGCCGCCGACGCUGCUUUGCCGCCAGCUUCGGCGUCGACCGCAAACUCUACAUUUAUGGCGGCUGGAACCGAGAGCGAUGGCACGAAGACUCCGCGGCACGCCUAGAUCUCCGAAAUCUCUGUUGGGAAACUUUGCCGUCUCCCAUGGGAGAGGCAGACAGCAUCAUUCCUUACCACUUUGUCAGCGGUUGCACUGCCCUCUGA